AUGGGAACAGGGAAUUCUAAAGUGCCCCCUAUUGACACCCCCAGGGGGCAGGAGAAGAAUGUCAACAAACCAAUGCCUAUCCACCGAGGAACUGUUGGUAAGAAAGGCAAGCCCAAUCCCAAACCGCCCCUCGUGUCCAAGAAGGAGCUCCUAAAGAGCGUCAACUUCAAGGUUAUGGACGAUAUUGCACUUCAGGUUCCCCCGGACUUGCUGGUUGAAGACUUUUGGGAUGUAGUAGAAUACAUGAUUGUGUCACCGGAAGGUGAGGUGGUCAACGAUCUGUUUAAAGUCCGUGCCAUUUUCCGAUGGAUUGUGUCCUACGACAUUAUGAACAUCGACACUGAUGUUUUGCCGCCGGACGGAUCUCCCCUCGAACAUUUUCUAAAGAUUCAGUGUGAGAUCGGGGAUCAUGCACAUCUCUUCUACACAAUGUGUUCAUUAGCUGACAUUCCUUGUGUUAUAAUUAAUGGAAUGACAAAAAGCGCCAUCUAUGAACUUGGGGGUGAGGUAAGCAGGGAAAACAUGGCCUCUCAGUGGAAUGGCGUUUAUUUGGAUGGUGAAUGGAGACUUGUGGACUGUUUCUGGGCUUCUGUCUGUGUUGAGGAACGAAACUCUAUUGACAGACUUGAAGUCACAAAGAAGAAGAAUCUAAAACGAGUUUCUGAAAACGGUGAAGGUCCCGUCCCUUUUAAUGACUUUUAUUUCCUUGUUGAUCCACAACAGUUGUUAUGGACUCACCUCGCCGAUGAUCCUAGUUGGCAACUUGUUCAGUCUCCAAUUACAGAAAAGGGAUUUGAGGAGAGAGUUUAUAUCAGGGAACAGUUUCACCUUCUGGAGAUGGAAAUUGGAAACAAGUGCGAAAAUUGUAUUCUCCAUACUGAGGGAGACCCUGUGGAAAUCGUUUUCAAGUUACCAAAAUCAAAAGGAAGGUUUUAUAAGUUUGCAUACAGUCUCAGCCAGUCCAGGACGCAGGUGAGCUCUGAUGGAUCUGAAAAACCCGUAGAUUUACUUCUCGAAAGAUUUGUUUUCUUUGAGCACACAGACGGGCAAAUAAAAUUUACAAUCAAGUUGCCUCUUACUGGAAUGUUUCAAAUGGAUAUCUUUGCUGUUGAUGUAAAAAAGUCAAAAGCAUAUAAACUUUUGUGUACAUACCUGAUUCAGUGUGACGAAAAGCUUGACAAUAUCUUGCCUUUUCCGGAUUGUCCAGAUUUAGGAUGGGGUGUAACACCGCAUGCAGAGGAUGCCGGGAUAUGUCUCAGGAAUCGAGCAGACUGUGGUGGACGCAUUACAACGAAAAGUGGAGAUAUGGAAUUGAUAUUUGAAGUAACAGGCAUUCCCUUCCUUGCCGUUGCAUUAAAAAAUGUUCUCAUCAAUGAGGCAUUAUUGAGCAAAUAUAUUCUAGCACGAAGAGACAGAGAGAAAUAUAUCGUGAAAGUUCGACUACCCCGAGAAGGAGAAUACGCACUGAAGAUAUAUGCUGAUGACGGUGGGAAUAAAAUAAAAAACUAUAUUCCAAAGGACAUAAUUAAUUUACUGCUCGUCUAUGAAGGUGGACAAAAGAUUAACGAACCUUUCCCAAAUGUUGCAGGUGGAAAUCUGGGAACAAAGCCUUACGCAGAAAAAUUUGGUAUUGACGUUCUGAGCUACCAGAACGGGAUUAUUAAAGCUUGGGGUGGAAGGGCGAGGGUAGAAUUUGAAACCCAUACUGACGGAGUUCUGUUAAUGUGUGAUCUUUCCUGUAGUGAUAGAGACUCGCAAACGAGAAGUAAAAUUGAGACCACACACGUUGAUAGCCACUGGGUGUUUGAUCUAACCCUCCCGGUUCCCGGGGAAUACUCAAUGAACGUUUUAGCGUCUAUGGAAGAGGACAGUGGAAACGUGUACGAGGUUCAGAGUUACAUGAUCACUUCAAUCGUUACUGAUGCUAAGCGCGUCAAGUUUGCAGACGAUACCGAAGACAUUGAUGAAAUAAUUACGGCUACUAUCCGCACCUCAGAAGAAACCAUCACGAUACCAAUACCAAAUACAGAUGUAAGUGAGAAAGUGUUUACAAGAAUAAGUAGAAGAGAUGGCAGAGACGGAGAAAAUGGAACCAGGCCGUCCGUUAUGAUCAACAAAGAUACGUUCGAUAUAACACUAAGGGAAGAUGGAGAAUACGUGAUGGAUGUUUGGGCUCAAGAUACAUCGAACACACUGGAGACGGUGGCUAGGUUCACCAUCUGUCGUCGUCCAUCUAUUGACUCUUAUACAGACGAUAUAGAGGCGCUGAUAGAGACUCUUAAACCCCAGGAAGCGGAAGAAGAACAAGUGGAAGAAAAUCAUGUUAGUGAUUAUGAAGAGACACGUGAAGAUGAGGAGGGAAGUUAUAGAACCACUUUAUAUACGGUAACGGAGGAUGAUGACAACUAUGAAAACGAAGAUGAUGACAAAGAAAGUAAAAACGUGGAAAAUAAAGGCAAUGAGAAGGAUAUUGCUACAAAGACUAACGAUCAAGAAAUGAGGACAAAUGGUGAAAAAGAACAAAUUGAUACCGAAACAGCAAGUAGAGAAUCGACACCGGAAGAACUGCAAAGUGUUGUCGUUCUGGGUGUUGUUAAUGAUUCCAAAAUAAAAGACAAUAACGACACUGGAAAUGAUUCAAAGCACACAAACAACAGUGAUAAAUGUAACAAGGCAAAUUCCUCGAAGGACGAAAAACCAGAGACAAACGAAACCAAACCUUCCACAGCAAGUCCAUCAGAUGAAAAUCUAAAAGAUGUCGAUGCAGCUGGAGCUGUGACGGGCAUUGCGAUCAUACAGACGGAAAAAGCAGGAAAGGAAACCUCUCCGACAAAAUCUCUAGAUAACCAGGACAAAAUCAGUGACGACGUUUUUAGCAAUUACUCGGACGGUAAGAGUAUUACAGACACUGAUAACGAAAGCAUAUUAACCAUUCAGGACAAUAACAAUGCACGCACUGCCACUAGAAAUGACAGCGUCAGUAUUUCCGCAUUUGGGAUGGUGGCCGCACAUGUCAUAUCUGAGGACAAGAUAGAAGAUGAGGGCGAGGAUGAUUUUGAGGGUGAUGAUGAGCGCGUUGCCAAUGAAUCACAAGCGAUUGGAUUACCAGACAUUGAUGAAAAUAAUAUGGACGAAGAAACCAAAAGGAAAUAUCGUGUUGCACGCCGACGAACAAUUGUCCGGAAGUUACACAGAGCGAUCAGGGACAGGAACCUGAAAGAAUUAACACAGAGCUUCUCGGAAUAUAAAGCUACCAAACCUCCUAAAGAUGACGAACUCAGACGAGAAGCCAGGCGGAUAAUUAACCAAAUUAAAGCAAAAGACAAUUUGAUCAACGCCACUUUGUCUAAGGAUCCUGAUGUUCUCCGAGAGGCAAUCAAUCGCGCCCACAAAUACAACUACAACAUGGCGCUGACGGUUCAGAUCCUCCUAGCUGGCAGACUGCUGGAAAGGUACCUGAGAAUGAAGAGGAUUCACACGACUGUGAUAGAGAUGAACCAGAACGCUGUGACGGAAAUGAAAAAGUACACCAAACCACCAAACGGCGUGCACCAGACCCUGGGUGCCACCUUUUUGUUACUGGGGGAGGAGGCUCGAGUAGUCAAGGACUGGAAAAAAUGUCAUUCUUUGCUGUUCAAAACUGGUAAAAAUAACAUCCUUAGACGAAUUUCCGCCUUCGACCCAAAAGAUACCAAUCCAACUAUUGUUGCAGCUACGAAGAAAAUCCUGAGUCGAUUUGAAUAUUUGCAAAUCCGUGACGUCAGCAAAGGAGCGGCUGCGUUUUAUACUUGGACAAACAACAUGGUGCAGGAGGCGGAAUCAUACCGGAACUCUCUCAGAAAGAGCGGGAAAACGUCUGCGCGGAAUAUUGGUCCUAGGUCUGCCAGCAUGGUGCCUUACAGUGGUAGAAGAGACGGAAGCACUGUGUUGAAAAUUUGA